AUGAAGAAACAGUUUAAUCGGAUGAAACAACUGGCCAAUCAGACUGUUGGAAGAGCAGAGAAAACAGAAGUGCUCAGCGAUGACCUCCUACAGAUCGAGCGGCGGAUGGAGCUGGUGCGGGUGGUGUCCCACAACACUCACAAAAGGAUGGUGUCGUGUCUGCAGGGCCACAUUGGAGCAGAGGCUGAGAAGAGACAUUCCGUACCACGCCUCUAUACAGGAAACGGCCAGAAAAAGCUCCCGCUAACGGCACUGUCCCAGGCGAUGGUGGAGGGCGGGACUCAGCUCGGAGAGGACUCGUUAAUAGGGAAGAUGAUGGAGGUGUGCGGGGACGCAGAGAACCGCUUGUCCUCGGAGCUGAUGCAACACGAGCUGCAGCUGGAGAAGGAUGUCCUGGACCCUUUGAGUCAGCUGGCCGAGGUGGACAUCCCCAACAUCCUCAAGCAAAGGAAGCAGCUGGCUAAACUAGUGUUGGACUACGAUUCCGCUCGAGCAAGAUGGUUGCAGGCGACCAAGUCCAUAAUCUCAGGAACCAACACUCAAGCACUGACAGCCAAAGCAGACCUGCUGAAGGAGGAGAUGGACGAGGCGAUGAACAAGGUGGAGAUGUGUAAGGACCAGCUGGCAGCGGACAUGUAUAGUUUCUCAUCAAGAGAAGGGGACUACGCCCGAUACUUUGUCACACUUUUGGAGGCACAGGCCGAUUACCACCGAAAGUCUCUGACCGUCCUGGAGAGUGUGCUGCCGACCAUUCAGGCUCAACAAGACUGCUGGACAGAGAAGCCGGCAUUUGGAACCGGACUUGAGGAGCACCUGAAGAGGAGCUGCAGGGAGAUCGCUCUGCCUCUGGAGGCCUGUGUCAUGAUGCUGCUGGAGACCGGCAUGAAGGAGGAGGGGCUGUUCCGAAUUGCAGCAGGAGCGUCCAAACUAAAGAAGCUUAAGGCUGCACUCGACUGCUCCACGUCACAGCUAGAGGAGUUUUAUUCAGACCCCCACGCUGUCGCUGGAGCUCUGAAAUCCUACCUGCGGGAGCUGCCAGAGCCGCUAAUGACCUACCAGCUCUACGAGGACUGGAUCCAGGCAUCCAGUGUGUCUGACCCCGACAAGAGGCUGCAGGCCCUGUGGGUUGUGUGCGACAAGCUGCCAAAGAGCAACAAAAGCAACUUUAGGUAUUUAGUGAAGUUUCUUGCUAAAUUGGUCCAAGACAGUGAGGUGAACAAGAUGAACGCCAGUAACAUCGCCAUCGUCCUGGGACCCAACCUGCUCUGGGCCAAAACUGAAGGGAGCUUGGCAGAGAUGGCUGCAGCAACCUCGGUGCACGUGGUUACCAUAGUGGAGCCCAUAAUCCAGCACGCGGACUGGUUCUUCCCCGAGGAUGUGGACUUUAACGUGUCGGGCAUGUUUGCAAUGCCCACUCCUGCAUCCAACCACAACAACCACAUGGACUACGACUCUGGAACCGUGGAGAGGAAGAGGCCAGGCAGCAUGCUGGUGCCAGAGGGCGAGGCCAUGCGCAAAGACAACCCUUCUAACAAGCACUCGGACCACACUCUGCGCAGAGGCAGUAACACCAUAGGUAGAAAGCAGCACACAUCCCCUGCCUUCCAGCCGCCUCUGCCUCCUGUGGAGGCGGCGGGACAAGGCCAGGGCGAGCAGACCUCCUCUCCGCAGACGCUGGACUCACAGCAGAGCUUGGCCCAGAGCCUGGCUGCUCUGGCUGCAGCUCAGCAGCUCCUCGCCCAGCACACAGAGGAGCUGAGCAACCCGAAGCCGCACGAGUCCACCCUACAGAGGAACGGCUCUGAGAGGGGAGGACAGCUGAGCACAGGGGCUCCCGGGGCCGGACCCAUGGGACCCAGUCCUCACACGAUGCGCAGAGGUACCAAGAAGCAGGCGCCUGCUCCCCCCAAGCCCACCAACCCUCCUCCUAGCCAGCCCUGCACCUCAGCCAGCCCCGUGCCCUCUGGCGCCACCAGCCGCCCCCCCUCCAGCCACUCCCCCACCUCCCCCUGCUUACAGCAAGGCUCCACGCCGCGCCGCCACUCCAACAACCAGCCCCCUUUGCAGGCCCCCAGCCACCCCCCACCUGAACCCCCCACCCACCAGGCUGGUACAGAGGCCACGCCCCCAGACACACCCACGCCCCCAGACUCCCCACCUCCACCCUCCUCUGACCCCUCCCCAUCUCCGUGUACCUAUCCAAGCGGCUCUCUGCCCCGGCCUCGCCCCGUGCCCCGCCCUCGGAACAGGCCCUCUGUCCCCCCGCCUCCCCAGCCUCACGGCACAGCGGACGGGACCCCUGACACCAACGGGCUCUGUGUGGCCGCCUACAAAGUGAUGGACCCUGCACUGUCCUUCCGGGGGCUGAGUCGCGCCCUGGUCCCAGAUUUGGGUGUGGACUCGCCUGUCCCACCCCCAUCGCUGUCACUCAGAGACUGUGAACUGGACACGGAGAGCACUGUGCUUUAA